GGCCCUCUCGUCUCGUCCAAAUCACAGAUCCAUCCGCCCGGACCUCACAAUCUGGGAUGUCAGAGGCAACCGACGGGAAAGCAGUCUGCAUCGGUACACUUCAGCCUACGCGAAAGCUGGGUUUUGCAGUGACGGCAUGCUGGGUAGUUUUCGACUUUGCGGACCAACAACAACUAGCACCAACCGGACCAAAGCAUAUCAAAGGUCUAUUCGGCCAAUAGCCAUUGGCUUACGGAUAUAGCCUCCAACAGCGAGCAAACAGAUUUUGCUUCGUCUACUGUGUUGCUCCCCAACACCUGCCUCUUCCAUCCAGCCUUCUGGCUCCUUGAGAAGUGACCGGUCACUCGGGGCGCUGCGCCGCUCCAAGUCAUGGCUACAAUGUGGAAUAGAGCGUUGUUUGCAACGGCCCAACCAACUCAGCCAAGCCGACUGUUUUCUUUCACAUGUCUCCAUGCACCAUCCAACCGUCUGUCUCAAAGGUAUCUGCUUCUCUUUGUUCGUCCGCCAAUCCCGCACGUUCUAACGGCUUGGACUGUUCUCUCCGUCGCUUUUUACCUUUCCGAAUCGAGCGACCAGGUUGGAAGCAAGUUGAGUUGGCUGACGCCAAAGUUGUCCAAGACGAAGUGUGGUAGUUGUAUCGACUCCUCCGCUAGCCAUGUCGGACAUGGACAAUAUCCCAUUGGUUGGAGACUGAGCUACGUUGAUGACUUCAGCCGGCACCUCAAAAGUCGCGUAACGAGAGUCCGGCUUCCAUACUGCUGUCGGCUAGACCCGCAGAGUCAGGUUCCAACUACAGACGAUUCAGCCUUGAUAACCGAAGACUCUUCAGGAAUAUCUAUUCAUCGUCAUCGCCAUUGCCUUUUCAGCUUCCAGCAACUCCUACUGAACGGCCUUCUUUCCACUAGUCUUCUAGCUGAGACGUUAGCUCUCUGCAUAAAAUUGCACCAGAGGACCUCCGGCACCAAUGGUGCAUUAGUUCUGUGGUUCUGGUGUUUGCUCCAUGAUCCAUCCUGCUGCCACUGGCCGCUGGGUGGAUGAUGCACGCACAAUGGGUCAAACAGCUGCGCCGCCGCAGCACAAAGCGGGCACAAACCGGCUCGAUCCCGCGGCUUGCACCAUUGAUGUCCGACUCGACUUGAUUCUGGCCUUAUCAUCUUCUCAUUAUCGCUCUGUGUGGUCUGGGUCUUUGCCCAUGCAGCCAUGCAUAGGGCCCAGGUCUCUCUCGCGGCGGAGACUCCAUACAUUAUCAGCACAUCUUCCGGUGCACGUCGGUGUCGAAGCGGGCUAUGCUAGGCAUUAUGUUGCAUAA